AUGAGUUUACGUGAAAGUCGCGUUUCGGCGCGACUUGCGCACAAUUUUCCUUUCCCCCCUCACCUGCCCAAACCCAAAUCAAAAUAAAACCCGAAUAUUCAAGAAACAGACCCGCAACUGCAACCGCAACCGCAACGGAAAAAGGUCGAAAACUCAAACAGCUUCCCCUUCCCGGCGAUUUUCUCUUACUAUAUAUCAUCAAGAAACCAGGCAACAGAAUAGAGAAAAAAAAUCCUUCUCCUCCUCUUCUGUUCCCUUCUUCUCCAUUGUACAAAUUCUUCCAUUAAAAUCCCAAGAACGGAGCUUUCAGUUUGUGAGUGUGCCCGGAAUUGUGGAUGAAGGAUUAUGGCUAUGGGGAUAGAAAGAUUGAAGGCGCUCCACAAUUUCACCUUGCCGUCCGAGCUCCGCUGGGGGAAUCGGCAAUUCCUCCGCUGCAUGAAGAUCAACUCCAACGGUCAAAUCUCACCCCUCCGCCGCUUCACCACCACUAAUUCCUAUUCCUCUGAUCAACACCAGCAAAACAAUUAUGUCCAACAGCCCCGCACCACCAGAGACAGAGAGAGAAGACGGGAGAAAGAGUCGUCUGCUGAGUUUCUGCAUGGAUCUCACAAAGUAGGGCCUAGUCCGCCUCCGGCAUCGGAUGGCUGUCGGAGAUUUGGCGACGACGAUGAUGGGAUUGCCGCCAUGAGGGAGAAAGUGAUGUUCGAUCUCCAAACGGCGACAGAUAAAAUGAAAGACGCGAUUUUUAAGGAUGGGCUUGAAGAGGGCCAGGUGUCUGGUCCUCAGUUGCUGCGGACGCCGUCUGCGGCUGCCGCGGUGGAAGGUGAGAUAUGCCGGCCAUGGAAUUUGAGGACAAGGCGUGCUGCCUGUAAGACGCCAUUGAGUGGGCUCGUCUUAUGUAGAAAUGGUGGUGCUACCGUCGUCGGCGCCGAGAACGACAGUGCCGGCGGGAAGGGUUUGAGGGUGGAUAUCCCAAAAUCCAAUUUAGUAUCUUCCCAGAUGAGGGCUGGCUCAGCGGCAGUGGCUGACAACUCGACGCGGCUGAGGAGCGCCGACAACUGCUCGGCAGCGUGCGGCGAGAAGAGGGAGCGAGCGAAGUUUUCGGUAUCGCUUUGUAAAAGAGAUAUCGAAGAGGAUUUCUUGGCGAUCGUAGGUCACAGGCUGCCACGCAGACCAAAAAAGAGAGCUAAGAUUAUUCAGAGACAAUUGGAUACGUUAUUUCCUGGAGUGUGGUUGAUAGAAGUUACACCUGAUAUGUAUAAAGUUCCUGAAGCUGCUCCAUAACAAUGAAGGUGGACAUUGCAGCUUGUAUGGAAUUUGAGGAGGCUUUUUUCCUUCUUAAAAUGGUUUAUUGUCAAGGAUGGACUAAUCGGGAGUUAUACAGCACCAGCAUUAUGAAUACCAAAUUCGAUGAGAAUCUUGAAAUUCCUCCGGUAAAAUUUGGAGUUAAAGAAAGGCUCAAUUUCUCGGGAAAUGCUAAUUUUUGUGCAGUUCUGAUUCUAAUAGUUCAUAAUUUUGUUUUCUCAUGGAAAUAAAACUGGCAUAGUUCGUAGUUGGAUAGGUUGGUGGCCGUUUUUCGUUCGGUCUUUCUUCUUUUACAAUUGAACAGAAUGCUUUAUGAAUCCAAGUUUAUUUCUUAAUAAAAGCUAUUCUUCCUGUUUGACCCCAGUUUGUUCUGCUCAUAGUGUGCUUGGUGUUAUAGACGCUAGUGAAAUGCAAUUCUUGAGUGUAUGCUUGCAGCAACAUU